AUGGCACCGACGCGAUCAAAGAAGACCGCGCGCAAGUCGACUGAAUCAUCAGGAAGCUCUGUAGACAUGCAAAGCUUCCCAGCGCCCCCUCAGAUGGUACCUACAAAAACGCGCAGUCCGAUGAAGACCCCUCCGUCGCAGAGAAGCCCCAUUAAGAAGGCGAGAAUGGGUAUUACGUUGGGCCAGAAGCAGGCAUUGAUCGAUAACUUGCAACUCGAGAUUACGGAACGCGCGAGAAAGCUUCGUGCCCAGUAUAUGCUUCAAUCACAGGGAUUGCGUUCGCGUAUUGAAAUUCGAGUUAAUCGGAUCCCUACCGCUCUUCGACGCGCAAAUAUGGGGGAGUUGUUGGAGAAAUACAGCGAAGCUGCUACAAAAACUGCGAGUAAGAGUCCGCAACGCGCCGAGAGAAACUCACCAGCGAAAAUGAAACAAAUCCAAGAACAAUCUCGCGCGAGUUCUUCACCACAGAAGCCUAAGAAGCGUCAUAGUAACGAAAUAUACUCUGUCGACAAGGAGAAUGAAGAUAUUGAGAACCCAAAGAAACGACCCCGCGGACCACCAGCUCCACCUGUACGUACAACAUCCAAAGCGAAACUACAAUCCCAAGUCCUAUCGCCACGAUCCGCCAACUCGCGCACCUUUCCACGUUCUCCAGUGCGAGCAUCGCCAGCAAAAUCUAACCUAGCACGUCCAAUAUCACCUUUUAAACCAGUAGCACCAACACCAGCAGGAGGGGCGGCGGGAAUGCUCACCAACAUGGUAGAGAAAGCCAAGUCGACUCGAGCAGCUACACGAAAGCCUGCAGAACCAGCAAAGACUACUGGUGUAGGACGGGGCAAGAGAACUGUAGCGCCAGCACCAGCACCAGCUCCAAGAGUUGCAAGGGGAAGAGCGAGUACGAUCAGUGAUUCGAGCGAUGCUAGUAAUGGUACGAUUGUAAGAAAGCCAGUUGCAGCGAAGAAGGAACCGGCCAAGAGAACGGUUAUGGGUACGAUUAGGGGAAUGGGAGGAGCGGCGAGUAAGAAGGUGCAGGCUAGCAAGCCAGCGCCUACUACUACGGGUUCGAGGGUUCUCAGGAAGAGAAAUUGA